AAUUAUUAUGUCAAACGGUUAUUCUGUAAUAAAUUUUAAAAAUCAGACUUUAUGCUAACCCUGUAGUAUUGAUAGUAUUUGUAAGUUUCGUCAAUGAAUAAUUUAUUUUCAGAAGUUUUGGAAGAGUCAAUUCCUGCACACUCAAAUAUUCAGAAUGAAUCAACCAGUUGUCCAAGUAGGCACAAAUCAGCGAGUAGUGACAACUCGACGCCUGGAACAAGUUCUACUCAAGGGUCCCCGGUUUUGAAUCAUGUAGUAUAUUCAAGAAUACGCAACGUGUCGACCUCAACUACCCUGCUAAACGCGAUUCCAGAAACAAUUAGAAAUGUGAAACUUGAUGUUAAUCCUAGAGCGGAGCAAAUCACCGGGGAGGAACCGUCAAGGAGGACUGUGGCUAUUACGAAAUUAAAUACGGAGUUACUGAACAAAAUUGCAACUGGAAGAAAUAAUUCACAGACAAAUAUGAGCGCUCAAACAGCUUCGUCUAUAUUAAAAUCUUGUAGUAAUUUUCCUCGUGGAAAUCAGGGAAAUGUAAUUGUGCUGGACAUAAGCAAAGAGCAGGCAAAUAGAAUGUCAAUCAAAGAGAUUCUGAAGGCUACUGGUCUUCUUGGAGAGAGUACAAUAACGAAAAUCGGCAGCGAUGGUGCUGCCAGUGCGGUGGAGGGCGACACUAAGAUGACGCAGUUGUCAAGUGCCACAACAGUUAUGCUUGCGUGUCCAUCUGCUAAAGAAAAUAAAUCCAAAGAUAAUAUUAUCAGCGUAGUAAAACCUUCCGCGGCUGACUCUCGUCUUAACUGUUCAACGUAUACUCAUAUAAACAGUUUAGAUAAUGCAAGUACUAGCUGGACAGAAAGUAGAAGUGAAGUGCAGCAAAACUGUGAAACGAUUGAAGUUGAUCGUGUAGGCCUACCUCCGGUGGAUGGAGACCUGCAUGACAAUGACGAUGACGAUGACGACGUGAUCAGUGAUGUGAGUGAGAGUGCAAGUGAGACUGAAAGUGUUCCUGAGAGAGAGCUGCUGUCCUAUUCACCAGUCGAAGCAAUGGAAUCCUAUCAACAAGUAGAAAUAAAUUCCGAAAUUAUCUGUGAUAACAGUGUAAAUAGUGAAAACGUCAUUUCAAUAGAGGAUGCUUCAUCAUUAGAAAGUGUAGAGGAUGUUUCGUCAUUAGAAAGAGUAACAUGUGUUGAGGAAGAGGAAGUUUUAGAAGAGCAAGUUUUAGAAGAGCUAGUACCGGUACAUGACAAUACGAUUGAGACUGAAAAAACAAUUCCGUAUGAAAACGCAAAUAGUAACGAUACUAUUGCUGUAAAUAUCAAUUUUGAAGAAAAUAGUUCACUAGAUUUUAAUAAUUCCAGUUCCUCCGAUGAGAGGAAGCAUAAUGAAAAUGAUGAUGUAAAUGUGAAAUUAUGUAAAAUAGGUAACGAUUCAAUUCCAACGCAAGAGACAAACGAAAACACAAUAAUGUGUAAUUCAUUGGAUUCUAGGCAAAACAACUACUGUGAUAUUUCGGAUUUGAAUUGUUCUGUUGACAAUGAAAGCUCAGGGAAUAUAUUGAUUAGUAUGGAAUGUGAUAAUCUCGCAGAAUCAAUAACAUAUAUAUCCGAUCAACAAGAAACUGGAGUAGUUUGUGAUCCGGGACUACCCUGAGAAAAGUUGAAGGACAUCGGGAAAUUUCAGUGGUUGAUGAACAACAUUAUCAUUGUUUGAUAACAGCAUUGUCAAGCAUGUUUGGGUCUUCAAUCAUCAGCGCAAGUAGUGUAGCAUGAUGUACCAAUUGGAACUGCCAACCAUAUUCGGUCUCCAAUCAAGAGAAGUCAGUCACUGUUCAAAAAUAAUUUACUCCGAGGCUAAUCAAGCCUCCUGAGACCUGUAACUCCCAAUUGCAUGACUGGCCAUGAAGUAUGAAGCUUCUUGGCUAUUUCCUAUUGUAAGAUGCAUAUUUAAAAAAUAUGCAAAUAUAUUAAAAUAUGGAAAUUGAACGAAUUUUAAGCAAUAUUAGAAAAAAUAAUACAGUACCAGAUUUGAAAAACAGUGAGUACCAAAAUUAAAAACGGUGUGUCUCUAUUUUCAUAUCGAUUGACAAUUUAUCCUAAAAAUACUAAGAAACACUCUUAUCCUAUUUUUCUUAAGAGGUCAAGACUUUUAGUCGAAUAUAAUGUGGCUGUGUUCAAGAAGUUUUCGACAUUAGUAAUAUGAAAUUUCGUAAAUUUUCAGUAUUUGCAAAUUUAAAUAAUUUAUGUUUUUUAAAUCUUUUGUGUAUGUUGUUUUAUGCAUUGAAAUUGUGUUUGGUCCCUCGUGUAUUUAUUUAAUUCGUGUAAAUAAUGAAAGUACAAAUUUGUUGAUAAGUAUG